UUCCCCACACCCACAAGAUCUCCAUCCCUUUUACUCAGCACACGCUCCCUCUUGCUCUUUCCUUACGCUCGACCGCUGCCUCUCGUAUAUAUAUAUAUAUACCACACUAUCUGUCUCUGUGAAGAAAAAAUUAUUACUCUCGGAAAAGAAUCCCUGUCCUUCUUUUUUUUUUGGGAGUAAAUAUGAUUUGCCUCUUCGCAUAAAAACAUUUCCGACCGCUCGUACUUGGAGGCUCGGCCCGUUUGCCGUGUUUGAAUCCCCUAACUACACUAACGCUUUCCCUCGACUAUCAUUCUUGCCCCUGACGGGACGGGCUUAGACAAGCAUCACUGUCUUUGUGCGGGGAAAGACAAGUUAACCUCACGCCCUCGCCGAGACUUCCGUUACCAUGGUGGCCGGUAUCAGCAAACGUCAGCAGUUCCGCAAUGAGCGGGCACUGCAGGACCUCAUUCGGUCGGUUCCUGGCAAUGACCGAUGCGCCGACUGCCAAGCUAUGAAUCCAGGAUGGGCUAGUUGGAAUAUGGGCAUUUUUCUGUGCAUGCGGUGCGCGUCCCUGCACCGCAAGUUGGGCACUCAUAUCUCGAAGGUUAAAUCUUUGAGUAUGGAUAGUUGGACGUCAGAACAGGUCGAUAACAUGAAAUCGCACGGGAAUAUGGUUAUGAACAAGAUCUUUAAUCCUCGGAACGUGAAGCCCCCUGUCCCCGCCGAUGUUGAUGAGUCCGAUGCAUGCAUGGAAAAGUUCAUCCGUCAAAAGUACCAAUAUCGAAGCUUGGACGAUGGGAAACCGAAACCACCUAGUCGUCAAAAUACUGGCAGUGACCAGUCUCUAGAAGGCUCACCGCCUCCUCUUCCCCCCAAACCUGCCAGGCCCUUUGGGUUCGGUUUGCGAUCGGCCUCCUCCACGACUAGUCUUCAUCGACUGUCCACCAGACAAGCCACGUCUCCCGGAUCGCCUCCCUCUAGAAGCGGCUCCCAGGGCAUGGGGGCUUCUGUUAACGAUGGGUCCUUCGAGUCGAAGAUGGCUACUCUGCGGAGUAUGGGUUUUGCAAAUGAGUACCGAAACUCUGCUGUACUCAAAGGCUUGGAUGGUAACCUUGAUAAAUCCAUUGAGACCCUGAUUAGACUAGGGGAGGGUAACGCCACGUCGCGAGCCAGGACACCCGUUCAAGCGACAACUGCCGGUGACUCCGCUAGACAGCAAGCUUCCUCUAAUCCUUUCGACCAAUUGGAUUCCAAGCCAUCUCAGCCGGCUGGGCAGUCGUACAAUCCUUUCGAUGCUCCUGCUCCGCAACAACCUGUGCAGUCCCUUGAGGCGUCGUUCCAACACCUUCAGGUAUCACAGCCGCUGUUCCCACACUCAACGGGCGGAUAUCCCAACCAGCGGCCGUCUUUCCCUCACCCCCUUUACCAGCAACCGAUCACUCCCCCAGUGAUGCCUACAAUCCCUCAGGGCGCAUUCGUGCAGUCUCCGCAACCCGUUGAGGGUAGCCACAACCCGUUCGUCCAGUCAGGCAGCUUCAUUUCCGCUCCGAAUCAAACUCCCGGCGUCGUUCAACCUCAGACAAACCCUUUCUUCACUCAAGCUCCUCAGCAACCCAACUCCUUGCAACCGCAAAGUCAGGCUCCCGCGGGAUACCAUCCACCCAGACAUGCCAACACCAUGCCCGCCAUGUCUUCGACCUCACCUUUCGGGGGGCCCUCCCCAUUCCAGCAACCACAGCAGCAGCAGCAGCAGCAGCAGCAGCAGCAACAACAACAACAACACCAACAAAUGCAAACCCCACAACUUCAAGUACAACCACCCCAGCCUCAAGCCUUCCACAACCCCUUCCAACCCAUGACGGCGCCCCCCACCCCGCAAAGUGCGGGGUACCAAAACCAGUCGCAUCUUGGCCUGCAGGCCCCCGCGCAGCAUCUAGCCCCACAGCCAACGGGCCGUAUGGACAAGAACAGCAUCCUCUCAUUGUACGGCCUCUCCCCACCACCAUCAGCCACAUCCGAGCACUCCCAGAUCUCAAGCCCAGCAGGAGUGACCCCCUUCCCGAACUCAGCACCGACACCUACCGCACCACAACCCCAGGUCCUCCAACAACCCACAGACUUCCAAUCUGCAGGUACCCGGAACCCCUUCAUGGGCACUCAACAAGCCGCCACUGGAUAUUCUCAACAGCAACAGCAACAGCAACAACCAUACCUUCAACAGUCCCAACCUCAAACCCAAUACACCACGACCCCCUUCAACAUGCCCAUGAAAUCCAACACCAUGCCACCCAGCGCACCCAGCGCCUUCGCUAGACCGCAAGGCCAUAUGAGCCAGCAAAGCGUCGAUAUUAACGCGUUCCAAAACGGCCGACACAGUCCGGAUGCGUUCGCCAGUUUGAGUGCGCGGUAUGGUUGAUCGGUA